AUGGCUUCGCCAACAGCAUGGAACAUUGAUAAUAUACACUCCUUUUUAACUGUGAAUUCAAGCGGACUUAGAGUAAAUUAUACAGGACCUGGAGAAAAUGACUGUGAUGUUGCCGCUAUACGAACGAAUAAGCCAAUUCCUCGGCAAUGUGAAUUGUUUUAUUUCGAAAUUGACAUUAUUGAUCAAGGAAAAUAUGCAGUAAUCGGAAUUGGGUUUUGCACAAAAGAGUUGGACAAAAAUGAUAAUCAAUUACCUGGUAAUUAUAAACUUUCAUCGAACAUCAAUUAA